GUACGCAUAAGUGCGUGUAACAUGUAGUUUUCCUGCAGAGUAUCUCAUUGAAAAUAAAUUCUGUAAAGGCACUGCGUUCCCCUGCCAUUUUACGCUAGAUAGAAUACUACUUUCGCUUUUCUGAUCGUUCCGAAGAGCAAUUCCUGAGCUCUUUUCUCAACGCUUUCGCCGAUACGCGCUCAAUCAAGCAAACGAAAAGAUCACUGACUUCGUUCAAAAAUAGUCCUCUUUGGUUUUUUCGAAAAAAAAACAAACAAAUUUUAAUGAAUUCACAGUUAAAUUUUUUUUUCUGACAAAGAAUUUAAUUAUGUUCAAUAUUCUUGUGUAUAUUUAUAUUUAUUCACUAGUGUACGAAAGAAAUGGACAAUUUUGAUAAUUUAUUUUAAAUAGAAAUUGUUUUUAUUUGUGAGGAUUUUUCCAAGUGAAUAAUAUUGUGAAUGUGCAGUGUUUAAAAAAUAAUGUGAGAAUUCCAAGUUGUAAAAGUCAAGGAUAUCUGGAGAAGUGAAUUUAAACAGAAAAGGAGAUGAAGAUGAAGAUUGAGGAUCAAUAAAUUUGGUGCUGAAAUUGAAAAUUUUUUUACUUCGAAUCAAUAUAUAGAAUUGAUAUUAUAUCUGAAGAUUUUCACAAAAAUUUGAAUAUUAUGUACUGAAGAUGUUGUCAAAUUUGGAAAAAUAUCUUUCUAUCACUCGUUGAAUAUUAUAUACACGAAGAAAUGGAGAAACAAGUAUUUUAAUAAAAGAUUUCUUCUUCUUCCUCUUUUUUCUCUUUAAUUUCACGUUUAUUAUUCAAACAUAUAAUAGAAGAAUCGUCAAAUAAAUAUAUUUUUUGAUAAAAAAAAAAAAAAAUAUCUAACACAGAGAAGGGAGAGAUAAAUGAGAAGAAGGAGUAAAUUUCCUUUCUCCAGAGAUGUCGUAAAACGAAUAGCGAAGCCUACCAGCCCUCCUCUUAACGUCAAAACGUAUAGAAGUCUCAUUUCCUUUGGAACUUGCCGAUUGUAACACGGAAUAAAAAAAAAAAGGAAAAGUUUAUUUAGAUUCACUCGAAAAUAAGUAUUCUUUUUCUCAAGAGACACUUUCGUCUCGUGUAACAAACAAACGGUCCACUCUAUUUUCACACGUGGGAAGCUGCAGAUGGACCUCUUAACUUUUGUUUUGAGAGGAUCAAUUAUUUUUUUCAAAUAUUUGAAUUAAAUUUUUAUUGUGAUAAUUAUAUUGAAAAGUAGAUGUUUUGUUUUAUUGUCAGUGGUAAAUAAUUGAGGUGGAUAAAAAUGACGUUUGGAAAUGUCGGUGAAACCUGUUCGAUGGAAACUGAAAUUAUCGAGGAUCAAAUUAGAAAGAAACUUCAUACUCUGUUGAAAGAAGGAACACAAGUCCCGGCUGAUGAAGAUAAGGAAGAUUUGGAAUUACCUCCUUAUUAUGAUGCGAAGAAAUUCAAAUUUGCCCAAAUUUGCUUUCACAAUAAUCUCUUCACGAUGAUGAUAGCUAAACUCUCGGGACUAUUGACAUUAUUGGCAAUACCAUCGAUUUUAGAUAUUCUCAUAUUUACUAAACAAAGUGGCACGCCGUGCGCAGCUUUUCGACGAUAUUUUUCAACGAUUCUUCACACUUUCAUUUGGUACGAGAAGGAUCCCCUGGAAGCAAAAGAGUUCUUCAAUUCACUGAGAACUGUGAGAAGAAAACAUUGUUCAGCUUCGCGAAAAUGUUCUUCGAGUGGUCUCCGAAGAAUAACGCAAACUGACAUGGCAAUCACGCAAUUUGGAUUUAUAGGAUUCACUUUAAUGUCUGCUGAACAAUUGGGUGUGAAGGCGACAGAAGAAGAACUUGAAGGAAUUGUCCACUUUUGGAGAGUGAUUGGAUAUAUGUUAGGAAUGGAAGAAAAAUAUAAUCUUUGCACUGGAACUGUUGAGGAAUGUCGAAUUCUCUGCCGACUACUUCUAAACGAAGUUUUUAUUCCACUUUUCGAGAAGGGAAAUGAAAAAUUUGACGACAUGGGAAGAAUUCUCAUUGAGGCAAUGUGGCCGCUUAUUCCAUUUUUAGAUCCGAAGGCAUUCACUGCGUUUACUUUGCAACUUGCAACAUCUGCAACAAUUAAUAAUAAUCAUUCCAUUGUCAAUGAAACAUCUUCGCUGCCAUUUAGGAGCAAAUUAUUACUGAAUCUACAAUUGAACGUUCACAAAUAUUUAAUGCCAACGCAAUAUUGGUGGUCAUCGAUUUUUCGAGCAAUUUUCAAUUAUUUCCUAAGGCUUGCAAUUUAUCUCACAGAAAAUUAUCCGAUUUUGCUCUAUACAACUUAUGGAAAAAAGGCGAUUGUCAAAUUUCACAAUGAAUGAAUUCAACUUUUUCUUCUAAAGAAAAAUUCAUUUUCUUAUUAUCUAGAAAAUCAAUUUUUCCAUUGAUUUUAAAAGAAAAAUUCAACUAAAAACAAAUCUAACGAAGCUUAAUUUCCAAACGUAAAGAAAAUUGCAAAAAAAAGGCUUUUUUUAACAAAAAUUUUUAGAAACAAAUUAGAUUUCUUAAAGAAAUGAAUGAAGAAUUUUUAAGAAACAAAUCGUGAUUAAAAACCAAAAUAUUAUUCCAAAUAUUCACUAAAAAGUGAUUAUUAGAGAAUUUUUACUCUUAAGUUUGUGUUAAAAAGAAAAGUAAAAGCGAGAGGGCGAGAAUAAUUAUUGUAAUUGUGAAUUAUUUGUUAUAAAAUAAUUUUCAUUUUAAUGAAGAAAAAUUUCAUUUAUAUCAUCAAAUCUAAAAAUCAUCGCAUUGUAAUAUUUUUCAAUUUUUGUAUCAUAUUUAUUGUAUUUUUAAAAAAUAUUUUCGCCCUUUUACUUAUGUUGCGUAGAAUAAACAACAAUUUCCAUUAUUUUAUUAUUAUUAAAAAAAAUAGGUGAAAUUUAUUUUUAGAAU